CUUUUCAUCACUUUGCCGUGUCCCCGUCUCCAGGGGGUGAGGACAUGGUGUCUGGAGACCGGGAGCCCCCACCCCAGUUUCCUGACGCCGUUUAUAAGUUUUGUGCAAGUUGCAGCGUUGCUCCGAGUUGUUCACCCCCCCGGGGAGGUUUUUCUUAAGAUGAAACCCAGAGGAGUGCAACUGUGUCUUGGAGCAAUAAAAACAACCCACGCCACUCGGGUGCCGGUUGGAUAUUCUGUUUGAAGUCAUCGCAGUCAGAAGCGUGGGCCCCGCCGGCUGCAGGCACGACUAGACCCCGAGCGGCAGGCGUGUGUGCGACCUGCAGACUUCUCCACGCACAGAUUGGCGGCUUGGACGUAGCUGCCUCUCGGCCACACCCAUCCCCACAGGAAAUCCCGCUAUCGGUGUCAUCUUUGAUUAGAAAGGAUAAGUUACACCCUGCACCACUACUCUGUACGAGCCAGCCUGGAUGAGCUCUGUCUAAGAUGUCGCAAGUGAAACAAACUUUUCGGUGCCUUCGUUUGUGCCUCGAAAAAUGUUACUACUGCGUUACUCUUACACGUGCUGAAUGCUGACGUCCUUCCUUUUACAGUUUUAGCGACUGGUUUUGCUUUGAUCUCACUUUCCGACUUCGGAUGCAGUGAGGGCUGGCAAUUAUCUGGAUUUGCUGCUAAAGGCAUCCAUAAGGCUGACUACAUCUCAGAAUCAACUUUUCUCGAUGGACCCAUUCAUCAAAUGAAAUAUACCUGAACUAUUUUAAAAAGCUUUGUACUUCAUAAUGGAAAUAUUUACCCCCCUAAAAAUGAAAAUGAGAUCAUUUGAGAAGGUGAUUUAAGGAGUGAACAUUUGAGAAAGUAUCCCAUCAAAUAGUGAACCAAAGGAUAAGUACUGAAUUAAUCAAUCUGAAACACCUUUUUAUAAACGGGGAAGUUUUUAUCUUGACAGAAAAAUAAGUUUUAUUCAGAAUGUAUUUUCUGAAAUUUAGAGAGACAAGAGUAAACUUAAAGGAAAAUAAAUGAAGAUGUUUAGGAAGUAAGCAGUCAACUCUUCUCUGAUGAAGAUAUUAAGGGAAGUAGCGACCUUUUGUGCAUUUAACUCACAGUUGUAGAACUUGCAGCCAUCACUAUGAGUAGCUUAAAAGAGGAAAUAAAGAAGUUUUCAACUAAAUCUAAAAGUACAGACAUUUUCUUUCCUGCUGAGAUUUUAAAAGCUUCUUCAUAACCAUUGAAAAAGAAUUGACAACUAUUUUAAAAGAUUAAAGAAAGGCAGAUGUCUGCAAACAAUUCCCCUCCAUCAGCCCAGAAGUCUGUGUUACCUGCACCUCUUCCUGCUGUGCUUCCGACUCCUUCUUCAUGUUCAAGUCCAAAGACAGGACUUUCUGCCCGGCUCUCUAAUGGAAGCUUCAGUGCACCGUCACUCACCAACUCCAGAGGCUCAGUGCAUACAAUUUCAUUUCUACUGCAAAUUGGCCUCACACGGGAGAGUGUUACCAUUGAAGCUCAGGAACUAUCUUUAUCUGCUGUCAAGGAUCUUGUGUGCUCCAUUGUUUAUCAAAAGUUUCCAGAGUGUGGAUUCUUUGGCAUGUAUGACAAAAUUCUUCUCUUUCGCCAUGACAUGAACUCAGAAAAUAUUUUGCAGCUCAUUACCUCAGCAGAUGAAAUACAUGAAGGAGACCUAGUAGAAGUUGUUCUUUCAGCUUUGGCCACAGUAGAAGACUUCCAGAUUCGUCCACAUACUCUCUAUGUACAUUCUUACAAAGCUCCUACUUUUUGUGAUUAUUGUGGUGAGAUGCUCUGGGGACUGGUACGUCAGGGUCUGAAAUGUGAAGGCUGUGGAUUAAAUUAUCAUAAACGUUGUGCCUUCAAGAUUCCAAAUAACUGUAGUGGAGUUAGAAAGAGGCGCCUGUCAAAUGUGUCUCUACCAGGACCUGGCCUCUCAGUCCCAAGACCUCUACAGACUGAAUAUGUUGCCCUUCCCACUGAAGAGUCACAUGUUCACCAAGAACCAAGUAAGAGAAUUCCUUCUUGGAGUGGUCGCCCAAUCUGGAUGGAAAAGAUGGUAAUGUGCAGAGUAAAAGUUCCGCACACAUUUGCUGUUCACUCUUAUACCCGUCCCACAAUAUGUCAAUAUUGCAAGCGGUUACUGAAAGGCCUCUUUCGCCAAGGAAUGCAAUGUAAAGAUUGCAAAUUCAACUGCCAUAAACGCUGUGCAUCAAAAGUGCCAAGAGACUGCCUUGGAGAGGUUACCUUCAAUGGAGAACCUUCCAGUCUGGGAACAGAGUCAGAUAUACCAAUGGAUAUUGACAGUAGUGACAUGAACAGUGAUGGUAGUAGGGGUUUGGAUGACAUGGAAGAACCAUCUCCCCCAGAAGAUAAAAUGUUCUUCCUCGAUCCAUCUGAUCUUGAUGUGGAAAGAGAUGAAGAAGCUGUGAAAACAAUCAGUCCAUCAACAAGCAAUAAUAUUCCACUAAUGAGGGUCGUGCAAUCCAUCAAGCACACAAAGAGGAAGAGCAGCACCAUGGUGAAGGAAGGAUGGAUGGUCCAUUACACCAGCAGGGACACCUUGAGAAAGAGGCAUUAUUGGAGACUUGACAGCAAAUGUCUAACAUUGUUUCAAAAUGAAUCUGGAUCAAAGUAUUAUAAGGAAAUUCCACUUUCAGAAAUUCUACGCAUAUCUUCGCCACAAGAUUUCACAAACAUUUCACAAGGCAGCAACCCACACUGUUUUGAAAUCAUCACUGAUACUAUGGUAUACUUUGUUGGUGAGAACAAUGGGGACAGCUCCCACAAUCCUGUUCUUGCUGCCACUGGAAUUGGACUUGAUGUAGCACAGAGCUGGGAAAAAGCAAUUCGCCAGGCUCUCAUGCCUGUUACCCCUCAAGCCAGUAUUUGCACUUCUCCCGGGCAAGGGAAAGAUCACAAAGAUUUGUCUACUAGUAUCUCCGUAUCUAAUUGUCAGAUCCAGGAAAAUGUGGACAUCAGUACUGUUUACCAGAUCUUUGCAGAUGAGGUGCUUGGUUCAGGCCAGUUUGGCAUCGUUUAUGGAGGAAAACAUAGGAAGACUGGAAGGGAUGUGGCUAUUAAAGUAAUUGAUAAGAUGAGAUUUCCCACAAAACAGGAAAGUCAACUCCGUAAUGAAGUGGCUAUUUUACAGAACUUGCACCAUCCUGGGAUUGUAAACCUGGAAUGCAUGUUUGAAACCCCAGAACGAGUUUUUGUAGUAAUGGAAAAGCUGCAUGGAGAUAUGUUGGAAAUGAUUCUAUCCAGUGAGAAAAGUCGACUUCCAGAACGAAUUACUAAAUUCAUGGUGACACAGAUACUUGUUGCUUUGAGGAAUCUACAUUUUAAAAAUAUUGUGCACUGUGAUUUAAAGCCAGAAAAUGUGCUACUCGCAUCAGCAGAGCCGUUUCCUCAGGUGAAGCUGUGUGACUUUGGUUUUGCACGCAUCAUUGGUGAGAAGUCAUUCAGGAGGUCUGUGGUAGGAACUCCAGCAUACUUAGCCCCUGAAGUUCUCAGAAGCAAAGGUUACAACCGUUCUCUAGACAUGUGGUCAGUGGGAGUUAUUGUCUAUGUGAGCCUCAGUGGCACAUUUCCUUUUAAUGAAGAUGAAGAUAUAAAUGACCAAAUCCAAAAUGCUGCAUUUAUGUACCCACCAAAUCCAUGGAAAGAAAUUUCUGGUGAAGCAAUUGAUUUGAUAAACAACCUACUUCAAGUGAAGAUGAGAAAACGUUACAGUGUGGACAAAUCUCUUAGUCACCCCUGGCUGCAGUUCAUAGUCACUUCAUUUUCUUCUAGGACUACCAGACUUGGCUUGACCUUAGAGAAUUUGAAACUCGUAUUGGCGAACGUUACAUUACACAUGAAAGUGAUGAUGCCCGUUGGGAAAUACAUGCGUACACACACAACCUUGUAUACCCAAAGCACUUCAUCAUGGCUCCCAAUCCAGAUGACAUGGAAGAAGAUCCUUAAUUAUCAAUGAGCUAACUUCAGUAAGGAACGAUUUCAUUUUAUGGACAGAUAUUUUGCUGCACAACUGUUGUUCUUUGGAGGCUGUCAUCUGCAAGGAUGCAAAGACAUGAGGAAAUACGAUAAGGAAUCAGUGACACCAAUACUGUAGUUCAUAAUGAGUAGGUACAAGAGGGGAAACAGUGAUAAAGACACAUAAUGACACCAAGAUGAAGUUUUCAUAAAUUUUUAUAGCAUAAGAAAUAACUGGUUUUUGUAUUUUUUUUCCCCUAAUCCUUCACUUUAGUACAAUAGUGGCACUUAAUUUAUCUUCCCUUUCCUGUUCUUAUAUUAUUUUCAAGAAAGGGGACAGAUGGCAAGCUAAGAUCCAGUUAUUACAUAGCUUGACCAAAACAUAUAAGAGUUACAAGGUUGAUUACUAAACAAUUAAAUUUAAAGAGGUAUCAGAGAGGCUGCUGGCAUAUGAUUUCCUAUAAAGACUUUAAACAUUUAUUUAACUGACCCUAGAGGGAUUGAAAUGUUUUUUAUAUCUGCCUUAAAAAGGAACGCUGGAUUAUUUUACCUUUCUUUUUUAGGUCAAUCAGGAUUCCAAACUCUGUUUUGGAGUUGAAACUCUGAAUAUGCUCUCUACAACAUAAAGAUUAAGUUGUCACCUUUUGUUACAAUAGCCUCUAAGAUAAUUUUGGACAACUGAUGUUACAAAACCAGGAACUGCUGAUCUGGGUGAUGAGUUACGAUGUAUGUCUUCUCAUAGCUCAACUCUGCUACUAAUAAAUAAUGUUCUCACUGACACCACUAUGAUGCCACAAUUAGAUUCCAGCAUUUAAUGGGUAUAGACCUAAAAUAUAAAUAUAUAUCUUAACACAGGGUUGAAUAAUUUGAGGGAGGAAAUUAAUAUCUACUAAAAGUAACACCAGUGCAGGGUCAGUUAAAACUGUAGGAAAGAAUAGCAAACAGUGUCCUUUUUUUCCUUCCCUUAGGUUAUUGGAAGGCUGUACAGAUGUCUAGAAUGUUUUUAAAUCAGUUAUUUUAAACUGUUUGGGUUGAGCAUAAAACCCUUAGAAGGGUAGGACUCUAUGAUCAGCAGAGCAAAUGAAAGGAUAAGUAUUUUUAAAACAUUUCAGCUCCAGCAGCCAGCUAAAUAAAUUUUUUUCUACUCAGCUAUGUGAUUUAAGAAGUUAGACUUUUUCAUAGCUUUUUAAGAGUUACUUAUAGUUUUCCCUCCAAAAAAAAUUUAUAUCUGGGACUUAUAAAAUCUAUGGCUUUUUGUUUCUCCACUCUUCAGUAAUCAUUGUAAACUUUUUUCCCUCCAAAAAGAGCAAGAGAUGUGUAAUUAGCAGAUCUGGGUUUAAGUCUUAUAAGUCUUGGUUCCCUGUAUUAGCUGUGUUGGCCUGGCCAGGUGACAAUCUGAGCCUCGAGUUCCUCAACCUACAAAAUGAAGUUCCCAAUUCUUGCCUCUAUCUUCCUCAUGGUGUUGUUUUGAAGAUGUUAUAUAUGAACAUAGUCAAUAAGCUAAAAACUAUAAAAGUGUUCAUUGUCACUGCCCACUGAACUAGAGGUAGCAAAGGAAAAGAUUGUUCCUCUUUUAACAAAGACUCGGAGAACUUUUCACAAUCUCUGAGUAGCAAGCAUGUACUGUUGAUAUGUUCUGAGCUCUUUUUACACUCAAAACAGUCAUGAGCUAAGUGCAUAAUGAACCCCAUCUCACAAACAAGGAAAUUGAGGCACAGGGAGAUUAACUAGCUGCUGAUGUUCACACAGUUAGUAUUUGAACCCAGUGUGGCUCUGGAGUCCCUCUUACCCUUCAGACUGUUUUGUUAUACUGCUUCCCCAUAAAGGUCUCCAGGAGACAGUCCACAUCUCUCAGUAUUUCAUUCUCACAGGAGUUUUAAAACUCAAAUGUGUUUUCCCUAGGAUAGAUGACUUCCCUAAAUUUCUCCAAAGUAAGUCUGUUUAUAUCACUGUGCUAAAAGGGAAUAAUUCUAAGUCAGUAGGCAUCCUAUUAUGGUUUUACUACAUAAGGUGAAAAUUAACUGGAAUGGUGUUUGUUUGCUAUGCUUAUAUAAUCAAACGUUACAAGCCAUGAAAUUAUUGCACUCUUUUCGUCGUUGAAUGCCUAGGAAGUUUUCUAAUUUGUAAAGGCACUGUCAGAUAAUUUGGAGUUGAGUAAUUACUCCAGAUACUGUAUAACCUGCAUAACCUUUUUUUUGUCUUGAAAUCAAGUUGUUUGUAUAAAAAAUAAUUGUGAGAAACAUUUGAUAAUGUACAAAAUAGUCUAUAAUGGCACUGUUCAGUACAUUUUUAUAUUUUUUGUUACAUCCCACUCUUUGUAAAUAUCCUCAAAAAAGCUUAAUAAUAAAAUGUAUUUCCAUAUCACCAUA